GAAUAAUGGAGCCCCGGGCACUGGGCGGGCCCUGGCGGUCGCUGGGCGGUCGCUGGGUCAGCGUGAGUCAAGAGUUGCUAAGUUAAAACUGCUCUGAAACGUCUGGCCUGAUCCGAGGUAUCUACUGACUCCUGGGUGUCUGUCAGGCAGCGAGAUUGCUGACCGGCGGAAUGCAUCGGAAGAGUCAUCUACAGACCAUGACAGCUGAAAAAGAAGCGCCAGCCGCAAGGCGCCGACCAAAAACCGGGACCAUUGCUCCAAUUCCCACGAAAUGAAACUAAUGUCGUGCCCCGGCCCAGCACACUAAGCCCUGUUUGUGGAAGCGCUGAAUAUCCACGCUUGGAGAACAGCGUUAGCCCGGCGCAAGGGCCAGUGCUGCAGUGGAUCAGGCUGAUCAAUGAUGAUGGAUGAUGCGCCAGUUCAGCCCCGAUCGUCACUCGACCUGAUUCUCUUUCCAAUUGUAGGCUUUGCAGCCUUACCACGAGUCCCAUCUGUAUGGCCUAACGAGUAUCCGGGUCGGCGAUGGCCGCCCGUUGAAACUCGUCUCCAGUCGCUCUCGUGGCUCGCCCGCCCUAUGGGACCCAUUCACCAGUUCCAGCCGUUACGCCGGUGAUCCUUUGCUGGGUUCGUAGCUGCUCUGCUGGAUCCUGCAGCCAUGGGCGCAUGCAUGGGGGGAGCUUUGUCAUGGCACGAAAAGGUACGACCCGACUAGAAUAGGUGUCAACGACAGGCGUCCACCGGCUAUGAUUUGACGAUUAUUGCUUUUUUCUUUCUUCACCUCAUUUCCUACUUGUGCUCCCUUGCCGGUUUCGCUUCCUGAAGGAGAGAUAUCGGGGUCCUCUAGGGCUGGACAUGGUGCGCCUGAAGAGCCAGUUCUCUUCUGCUUGCUUCUUUGCUUGCUUCUGCUGCGUGUUUCUGUUCUCCUUUCGCUUGCGAACCUUUUACCUCAC